AAAUAUUAAAUACUGUCCGUCUUGAAUAUAUAAUGGAAGGAGGAAGCUUGAGAAUUCACAAGGUUAAUCCUGUAUGGGAUGAAACUAUGGCUGAAUCUGGAUGUUCUGUUACGGAUUAUUAUGAAUGAUUACCAAAGUAGGCAAGUUUAUUAAUGAUCCCAUAUUGUUCAAGAUAGUAAAGUCAAAACAAUUUCAAAGACUUUGAAUAGGUUCUUCCCAAGCUUGGUAUUUUAGGAGGGAGAAAAGGGUGCCUUCAAACUAGUGUUGACUCCUUGGCCAACUCCCUGUAGUUUUUUUGGCACAAAGUCAGAAAUGGUUUCUCAUUACCAGCCUCCUAGGACUGAGAGAGUGACAGCCCAAGGUCACCCAGUCACCUUCAUGCUUAAGGAAGGAUGAGAAUUCAUGGUCACCAACUUUCUAUCCUGAUCCCUUAACUACUAUAUCAAAUUGGACACCAAAAUAUCAAAUGCAGUUCUGUAUAAUCAAACACAUUUUUUAAAAAAAGGGGGAUCUGAAUAAGGAACAUAAUUAGUGGUUAUCCCAAUCAAAAUGUCUAUAAAGUGAUUACUGUAAUUCCUUAUUUAGAAUCAUUAGAAACUGCACCCUGUACAAACAUCAAAUAUACACUGAUAAGCCACCAGUGUGACACAACUAAAAAACUAUAAAUUGCAUAUCACUGGCUCUACUGUAAUAACUCCUCUCUAUUGGCAUACUGAUGCUGAGAGCCAGUGUGGUAUAGCAGAUAAAAUGCUGGCUUAGAAACUAGGAGGCUGUUAUUUCAGAUCUCCUUUGGCCAGUCCUACCUAUUCGGUUGUUAUUGUAAAGAAAACAUGAAACAGGAGGAUUAGGUGUCUCGAAUUAUAUUCUGUAUAUAAAAAAGAUGGGAUAAUAAUACUCAUCUUGCAUACUGCGUCUAGUUCUGGGCACGUAUUUUAACCGGAAGAAAUUUGAACAGGUUCAGAGAAUGGCAAACGAAGGUGAACAGGUGAAAACGAAUACUUCUUAAGAUCUCUAUAAGCCCUGAACGCUUACUCGAGAAACAAUAGAGAGAUCACCAUAUCAUUCUUUAAAAUUCUGAGAGAAAGAAAGCAAAGACCUUUUCUCUCUCGUUUAAUGGAAGACAUCGAAAAACGAAAAACCCUAACCAGGCGAUGGGCUCCACUCCCCAAUCCAUAGUUUCUGGGAAGCGCUUCAGCAAUGCCUUCUCGCCGCUUUAUCCAGGAUUUCUUCUCACUUUCCGGGCUAACCCAUGGUUCUGGGAUUCUUACGAGAUCUUUCACCCAAAUACUAACCAGCCCACAGCAGGUGAAUCAAGUGCUGCCAUCUGCUGAGAUUGGAAACGGACGAAAAACUGGGGCAGUUAUAAAAGGCAUGUCACGAAGAACCAAUAACUAGCCUUCUUCGAGGCGAUUUACUGUUUGCUAACUCAAAAGUAGAAUGCAUUGAUCUUAAACAUAGUGUAAGCAAAAAAAUUCAGGUCACGCGCCCGCUGUGCUUGCAUGCACGUGCUCCCAAGACUUAAACCUUUCCGGGAAGAGUUCCAGACUCCACCUCUUCACAGGAGCAGCCAAUCGUCACUCUUGCAUUUGUUUUUCUUUCUUCGGUUAGCAUUGUUCUGCUUUGAGCAAAUAACAUGUCGUUACUGGCCACCAAUCAAUCGGUGUUCUUGCUCUUAUCACCAAUUAUCCCCGUUAUUUAUACCUCUCUGUUUACCCUCUCUCCCAACUUAAGUUUCUGUAGAAUCGAGCAUGCGUUCUCGUUCCUCUUCUUAGCCAAUCAAAUCGAUUUGCUCUCAACCAAUGGAAGUGCCUUCCUCUUCCCUUCUGUCUUCCGUGCCCCAUUCCCUCAGCCCCACCUUUGUUCCUCUUUCGGAGUAAUCGAAACUGACGGGUGGGGGUCUCUUCCGGCUUAUGCAUGGACACAUUUAACCAUGUGACCGGAAGUAGUAUGCAGCUCAAAUUGGGGUAACUUCCGCCUUUUUCUCUCUGGAUUCCUCUUGUUGAUGGGAAAUUGAGACAGCGGCUGAUGAGAGAUACAGUAAUGCACUGAAGAGGAAUUAAUUAUGAUUCACGAUUGAUCUUUUUGAGAUGGAUGUUAUGAUAGAUAUAGAAUCCAUUGACGGAUGACACAUCUGUACAUGAAUAUCAACAACUUCACUGUUCUCUCCAAGGAUGAGCAAGUUGUGUGACUUGCAGAACGCUGAUUUGGAGCAGAGUCUUCCUGCCAUUGUUUCCUCAUUUUCACACUCCCCAGGGUUUUCUCCACAUUAUUUUUCUUCCGAGAGAAGAAGAACCAUUUCUGAUGUGCGACGAACCUUCUGCCUCUUUGUGACUUUUGACCUUCUCUUCAUCUCACUCCUCUGGAUAAUUGAAUUGAAUACUAUCAAAACUAUCCAGGUCAAUUUAAAGGAAGAAGUAAUCUAUUACAAGUUUAAAACAUCCUUUUUUGACAUAUUUCUCUUGGCUUUUUUCCGGUUCUCGGUGCUACUUCUUGCAUAUGCUGUUUUUAAACUCCGUCAUUGGUGGGUUAUAGCGAUCACUACAUUGGUGUGCAGCACUUUCCUGAUAGUGAAAGUUAUCUCCUCAGAACUGCUGAUCAAAGGAGCAUUUGGCUAUCUUUUGCCCAUCGUUUCCUUUGUCCUUGCCUGGCUAGAAACAUGGUUUUUGGAUUUCAAAGUCUUGCCACAGGAGAUAGAGGAAGAACAAUGGUAUGUGGCAGCUCAGGCUGCUUUGUCCCGAGGACCACUCUUUUAUUCAGGAGCACUUUCAGAUGGCCAGUUCUACUCCCCUCCAGAAUCUGUUGCAGGAUCAGAUGAGUCAGAUGAAGAAGUUAUGGGGAAAAGGGCAGUAACCGAUGAGGAGAGAGAAUAUGUCCGGCAAGGCAAAGUAGCAAUGGAGGUAAUGGAUCAGAUCUUAGCUCAAGAAGAAAACUGGAUUUUUGAGAAAUGCACAGAAUUUGGGGAUACAAUUCAUUUUCUCGAAAUGCCAUUCUAUGGCAAGGUUUUCAUCCUAAAGGCUAUUCUACAAUGUCCGGCUGAGUUAGUAUACCAGGAACUGAUUCUCCAACCAGAGAAAAUGGUCUUAUGGAAUAAAACUUUGCUAGCAUGCCACAUCUUGGAACGGAUUGAUGAUAACACAACCGUAUCCUAUGAUGUGGCAGCUGGUGCCGCAGCAGGUGUUGUCUCACCUAGAGAUUUUGUAAAUGUGCGUCGGAUUGAGAGAAGAAGAGACCGGUACAUUUCAUCAGGGGUGGCAACAAUUCACAGCUUGCGCCCUCCUACUUCCAAAUACGUCAGAGCAGAGAAUGGCCCAGGAGGUUUCGUUGCCCUGAAAUGUCCCACCAAUCCAAAUCUUUGUACCUUGUUCUGGAUACUCAACACGGACCUUAAGGGUCGGCUUCCCCGAUAUCUAAUUAAUCAAAGCUUGAGUGCCACCAUGACAGAAUUUAUGUUCCACCUGCGUAAGCGGAUUAUGGAUAUCACAUCAAGAUCUAAUUCUUAAAACUUGGUUUAACAUUCCUUUUGAAUGUUCUGUGAAACUAUCAAGGCCCAAAGAAGUGGAUACCUCUUCCUACUAGUUGAAAAAAAAUAUUUAGAUGACAUUCAGGAUAAAAAUGAAAAAAUGAGCCUGUAGCUGGUGAUGUAAAUGAAUAGACUCAGGAAGAUAAUCAUGUGGGAAGAGGAGAUAAGAUGGCUGAUGGUUCAAAUCAGAACAUGUUGAAAAGAAAAAUUAGGACAAAAUCUCUGAGAUCUCUUGCUGACGAUCAAAGUUAACACUGUAGUUGUUGAGCCAUAAGAUGUGCCAAAUUAAUUCAUGAACAUAAUUGCAAAAUCCAGUGGCUUAAUUAAUCUCUUAUACUUCUGUCGUCCCUCUUUUCUUCCUUGGCAUGGUCAUACUAUUUCUGACUAGUAUAAACUGAUAAACACAUCCAAGUGUGAAGAGUAUCAUCAAGUAAUCCUGCAAAUGAAGUGAUAUGGUUGGAGUGCUGCAGAAUAAGCCAGAUAAUUUUCUAAUCACUGUUAUAUCAACUCUAGACCCUCCACUUUCCUAAAGAAUGAUGUACCCCUUCAUGUCAGAGGACUGAAUUGCCCAGUGGUGUGACCAUAAUUUGACUAUGUAUCCUUGAAGAGGUGAUGGUUUCAGGAAAUGAAAUUCCCACUAUCUCCAUUGAGUACAUGGAUUAAAAUUGUGGUUCAAAUUGGAAUGUGCCUAUCUGGGCUGCUGUUCCAGUUCUAUCAUGAUUUUUUUUUUUUUAGUUUCUUCCCAAGAAUGUGAAGAAUGUCCCAUCUCUAGCUGCAGAACUGAACCUUCUAUAGUGGCUAACAUUUCAUAGUUUGAUGAUGGUCUUCCAUCCUCUUGUGAGUAGGCUGGAAGGACUUGCUAAUUAAGGCCAAGAUUUAUAUUCUGUAUAUUCCUAAAUGACUUCUUAAUCCAGAAACAGUGAAUUCCAGCCCUUUUCCUGAAGGAUGCAUUGUUAAAUAUAAGAGAAGCUUACUUGAAAACACCUUGUUAUCUGCUUCUUUUCUUUGCCCUGACAGCAUCAUGAGGCAUGUGCUGGAUUUGUCAUAAUAAUGAAUGGACCUUCUUAAGGCAAAGAUUGGGGCUACCACCAGACAAUGGGGAUUAUGCUUCCUUAAAGUAGAUACUUGUGGUCCAUCUUCUUCCACCAAAAUCUAUUUUCAUGAAAAAUGAUUCCUUAACAAAUGCAGUUCCUAAGAAGGUUUUAGGAUAUGAGUUCCACUAGCAGUUCCAUCUAUCUUACAUAUAUCUUGCCUAUUACUGUCGAAGUGAAACCUUACUGCCUAUCAUCUCUGGGAAUAAGGAAAGUUAUAAACAAGAAGCUGCUUCAAAAUAUUUUUCUUGAUUUUUUUUAAGUAACUUGCAGCACCAUGAAAUAUGUGCAGCAGUUUUCAUCUCUAAGGAUUAACAAUUAAUCUUAUUUAAAUGCCUUCAGUUACUUUUAAACAUUCUGAUAUCAUUGGGAAGUGGCUUGUACUUUUUUGUAAAUCUGACAGAGUUUUCUUUGCCUUUACACCUCAUUUAAAAAGCCACUUGAAUAAAAAAACAUGCUUUUUGCUUCAAAUAUUUGAGAAUUAAUCAAAUAAAGUAAUAAUAAAAAUUU